AUGACAUCAAUCGCUGGUUUCGGGUACUUCUACGUGUACACCGUCUCAAUGGUCUGGAUGGUAUUUUUCCACUACGGAAAAUCUGGCAUGUGGACUGAAGUUGCUGUGGUACUUUCUCUGAGUGCUUGCAGCGUCAUAUGCGUCACUAAGAAAGAAAUUAAAGAAACCGUUAAAAAGUUUCUAAAAUGCGAUGCUCAAGUGAUACCAGAUACGAGAUUUGCAAAGAAUCUACUAAUGCGACUUAGAGUCAUCAAGAAGCGUGCUACAGUCAUCUGGCUCUCCAUAGUGAUAGAUGGCAUUAUUUAUAUUCUGAUACCUUUUGUACGACCUGGAAGACAUUUUACUACGGAACUAUAUCUCAUUUACGGACUCGUCCCAAUGUUGGAACCACCCAAUUAUGAAAUUGCUUUAUUCCUUACAACAGUCACCACUGGCUUCGGUGUUUAUACUAUGGUUAGUGUAGCCACAUACAUUAUUGUAAUAGUUGGUUAUGCAGAAGCUCAAUUGUAUGCACUGAGCGAAGAAUUACGAAAUGUCUGGUUUGACAGCCAACAUUACUACGAUGAAAUGAAACUAAAGAUAAACGAAAAUAUCGAGAUUAAACAUAGAAUAUUGAACGAGUUUGUCAGAGUCCGUUUGAGAGACAUCAUCAGAUUUCAUAAAGUCAAUAUUAAUUUAGUCCACGAGUUAGAUCAAGAAUUUCGUAAUACCUUAGGCUUAGAGUGUUUGUAUCAUGGGCUUCUCAAUAAUAUG